GCUGAGUACGAGGAUAUGAUGAUCAUUCGCAAAUUGUUCCAGUCAAAUGAUCCUUCUCAAUCAGCAGCAAGUCGUCGUCAGAGUGGUAGCCAUCAGCCUCAGACUGAUUCAACUAAUGUCCUCGCCAGGCAUGGCGUUUCGACAGCAAAAAAUCAUGUCGCCUCAACUCAAGCGGAUACAAAUUACACGACUCUUAACUCAAGCAACGGGGCCACCACCAGCACCACUACGACGACUGGUCUCUCAUGGAAGUCCUCAUUUUCCUGUGCAAACUUGUCUGGAAACUUUUCAUAUUUUGUCUCAUGCACCCAGUUUGUUGAAUGUGUUGGGAAAGUCCCAUACGUGAAAAUGUGCCCCAAAGGCACCAAAUUCCAUCCAACCCUCUUGAUUUGCGAUAAGGAGAAAAGCGUUCUUGCUACCACCAACUGUUCAUCAUCAGGAGGAGUAAAGCUGCUGAGCAAUAAUUACGACCCUCUGAAAAAGUCGACAUCCGACAAAGUGAAAACUACUCGAGGAGGAGGAGGACGGGUUAUUAAACGAGAAACUUCAUCGUCUCGAGAAGACCGGAAAAUGAGCAGACGCUGUUCAACAGGAUCGACCCAUGACUAUUAUAUUCAGCCGCAUUCUCAGUACUGCAAUAAAUUUGAGAUUUGCAGUAAUGGAAAAAUUCAAGAGCAGACUUGUGGGCUUGGGGCGCUGUUCAAUCCCCUCUCCCUCGUUUGCGACUUGCCCUACAAUGUGGACUGUGAAAGUCGGAGAAUAGAUUUUAGCACUUAUGACUGCCAACCAGGAGAUAAAUACAAAACUUCACAUCCAGACAAGUGUGAACAAUUUAUUGAGUGUGACAUUAAGGGAACCUUGCGUAUCAAGGAAUGCCCUCCCUCCACAGCUUACGACUUUGAAGAGGAGGAAUGCGUUCAUAUUUAUAAAGCAAAGUGCAAAAAGCCCAUCUCCCUGGAGCACGAUUCUUCAUUCAAUGUUAAUUAUGGUCAUUCGCAUUUGAGGAGGCAUAAGCGAUCCACCAGUAACAGGCUAAAUCUGGCAUGUACUUUCAACUAUAUUGCUCCUCACCCUGAAUUUUGCGACAAAUUCGUCGAGUGUGAGGACGGACGCAUUUUCAUUAAGGAUUGUGGACCUGGAACCGCGUAUAAUCCUAGACUGGGACAAUGCGACUGGCCGUAUAAUGUUCGACAGGCUGUUUCUCAAGAUUGCUCGAGAUAUCGACAGUGCCUCGGAAGACAGUAUGUCGUGAAGACGUGCAGGGAGGAUACUAUUUUUGAUCCGGAAGCAGGAAAAUGUGUAAUUGCUACAGGAAAAUUUGACUAUGACGCGGAUUGUAGACAACAACAGUUUAUUACACCUCUGCCAAGUUAAAAAUCUUUUGUCUCAAUUACUUAUGAGUAUUAUAUUUGAAUUUGGAAAGUUAUUAUAAUUAUCAUAAUGCACAUUUUCUUCCUCUAAUUACACUGCCCUGCAAAAGUCUUCGCCAAACAUUGACACAGCUUUUGCAGGGCAGUGAAGUAGUUAAUUUGUUAUCAUCACAAACACCACCACCAAUUUAAAUAUUCAAACCAGCCAAACAUCAUUAAAUCUUUAAAAUCUCCAACCUCAGGUGAAAUUUGGCUGGAUUUCUGUCUCAAUAGCAUGCUCCCUUAGCUCAGCUCAGUUUUCAGGUCGAGUUCAAAUGUAAAUUAGACACAUUAUAAAACGAAAUGAAAUCAACAUUUGCAAAUUAGUGUAGCCGUCUACCAAAUUUUUCUGGACAUGUACACUUCUUCUGGUUGCAUCGCAUCCAAUUUCACCUUAGUCUUUCUCAGCUUCUCAAAACUACAACAUUAACUCUCCUAAAAAUCCCUUCAAUUCACUGUACUAACUCCUCUCAAACGCGUCCAUCGUAGUUCAAAAUGCCUGCUAGCUUGAACGCCAACCGGGGAAUGCAGGGGUUGAAUCGACGUGUAAUUUUCAUGAGGAAACUCGAGGUCGGGGAAGGUCUCACCUCUGAAUACAAAUUUGAGCCAGCGAAGGUGAAGACGUAGUCCAGCGCACAGUCGCACUGAAACGGAUCGUCUUGGGUCCCGAUGCAGACCUUACUGAACAUUGCGUCCUCGAGCUGGAGACCAAGAUUGAUAGUGGAAAGGUGGAGAAAUUCCCCUUGGCGUAUCUGGGCCAGAACACGCUGCAGCUUUCUUUGGAGAUGUUCAUUUGCGAGAACGCUACAAUUCGUCUCAUUCGAGGGAAGGGUCCCGUCUUACUUUUAGGAGAAUAUGCAGAAGAAUGCAGAGACGAUGAGAACGACGAGGUGAAUGAAAGUGGUCAUGAAGUUAAGGAGGAGGAGGAGGGGGAAAACGAUGAAGAGAUCGACAAUGACGACCAGAUGCAUUGAAAAAAAUUCUCAGCACGGAUUGCAUUAUUUUAGCGAAAUAACGUAUCGCAAUUAAAGGAAGACGCUGCACCUGAACCGACAGACGAAGAGAAUAAAGCUUAAAAAGAGGGUAUCAUUUAUCAUGGUUCAAUUUUUGUCAUGUUUUCAUUCUGAGAGUAAUAGUCACAUUUAUUGAUUUCGUAUCUUUUCUGCAUGUUUUUCAUUUGAGAUAUGUGAUAAUGUUUAAAAAUUUAAUGUCUUGACCUUUAAUAAUUUCUAAUUUUUUCACUACUUACUGUAAUGAUGGGCUAACAUUUUAUGAUUUAAUAAAUACGAUAAUCUGCUUAUUUAAGAUUUGUUUGUUGGUCAACUAAUUUUUUGUCAUGUUGAUUAGAGUUGUACAUCUCUCAUGAUAGAGUAUUAUUGUCAUUCAUCUACACAAUCUCAUAUGUGGCAUACGUUAUAAUGCAUGUAAUCCUAUCUCAAAACCAGGGAAAACAACUUUUACUAAAAAAUUCAAUAAUAUUGCACUUGGAAACGGGCAGGCACAACAGAAACCGUCAUUUACCACCUAGAUUCACCACUACUCGUACAAAUAAAUGCAUGCACCACAGUCCCAUUAUACCAGUCGAAUUAUUCUUUUGCACAGAUCAUCAUGACGUCGUUUUUAAAAAUAUUUCCACGAUCCAAACCAAAUGGAAAGGAGCUUAAAGGUCCGUUUGUCCCUCUGGACACGGUAAAUUUAGAAUAUUCCAUUUCCGCCGUGUCUGCCAACCUGUCGCUGUACUGCAAAAGUUGUAAAGCUUUGCAGCAGCAAUCUCCCCGUGAUGAUAGCAAGGUUGAUGGACACGCUUUUUCCGGACUCCUUGGAAUAAUAUCGAAAGGGAUUUUCAUGAUUUAUCAAGUCGAUCUCAACUCUUCUGACCAGUUUUCCAGCAAUAUUCUACAAACCGUGCAAAUUCCGCAUGUCAAUAGCCCACUUGUGAAGCCAACCAUCACUCUUGCCAAGUGGAUUCGACUAAAGAAGCAAAAGCACGAAUUGACAGUCCUGAUAUUAGUGAGCAACAUGGGCAUCAGUAUUUAUUCCGAAGACGGAAGCCGACCCCUUUGUAGUCACGAGUACUCUGAAGAGUCCGUCCCAGACCUGGUGUGUCGAAACGUGAGUGCUACAUCCUCGCAAAUACUGACAGGAAAUGGUCGUGGAGAAGUUCACGUGUUUGAAUUUUGCAAUGGAAAAGUGAGCUUUCGAAGAACGGAUAAAGUGCAAGGCGAAAGCAUUACACAAAUGUGCAGCCGCCGAAACAUUCUCGCGACCGGAAGUCCAUCUGGGACCGUUCGUGUUUGGAGAAUUAAGCACAACAAGGCCGUAAAAGUGUGUUGUUUCAAAACUCCGUAUGAGGAAUGCGUCACUGGAAUGGGAGUCUGGGAGGGGUGCAUCCUUGUGACCUAUGGCUCCGGACUGUUUCGAAUAUUUCAUCUCCAGACGAGAAAAUUAUUGGUGAAAGUGGCCGCGCAUUCCCGCUGGAUCGGGAGCAUGGACCUCUUAGCUCAUCACGGAGAAAGUCUCCUCCUCACCGUGGCGGAGGAUGACGCCGUUCUCAUCUGGAAACUGACCAUGGAGGACGCGGGGGUUCCUCGGAGGCUGAGCUUGAACAGAUUUACAAACAUAAAAAAUAAAAUAAAGAGCAUUCAGAGAAACAAACCACCAAAGCGGAAGCAGCCCAAGAUCACGGUAAGUUUGGAGUCAUCCAUUCUCGUGGAUAACAUGCUUCUCGUUGGAGGCAAGUUUAUUACCUGUGCAGGAAAUGUCGUUGCUCUUGCUAAUUAUGGGGCCAAGGAAAUCUACAUCUAUUCGAGAAUGAGCCCAGGAAACCCGAACGACUGAACCAAUGCACAUCUACCUGUGUAGAUACAUAUGUGCAGAUAUGCUCAAGAAUAAUGGACACUGGAAAAUCCAAGAAGACGAUCAACCAAAAUGGAGCUGAGAAUUUAUUUCUCCAAAAUUCCAUGAGAAAUUCUAGUAUGUAUGAAGCCCAUGCAAAUUCCCACUUGAAUAGAAUAGGAGUAGUGAAUAGGAAGGAGCAGUAUUAUUGCAAUAAAUCUCUAAGAAAAUAUCAAAA